AUGGCCGACGAUCUUGCAUCAAGAAGUUUAGCACUGGUUAUCUUAGAAGGCUCCUCUUUGGUCAUUUUAAACCUCCUCUCACUGGCAGGAAAUAUUAUGAUAUGCUUAUCUGUUUACAGAAAUCCAAGAUUACGCACCCCCACUAAUCUUUACAUCAUAGCAUUGGCUGUGAGCGACUUGCUCUCCGCUGUCUUUGUGAUGCCUCUCAGUGAAAUAAUACUCUUCACAGGAAAAUGGUCUUUUGGAGAAUCCACUUGCCAAUUUCACGCCUUCAUGAAUCUCUUCGUGAUCUACAUCUCACCGACAACCAUGGGUUUAACAGCUGUGAACCGAUAUGUUCGUAUGUGCAGAUCAAACACAACCUACCAGAAAAUAUUUUCACAUAGAAAGUCUUGUUUAUGGGUGCUCCUCGUCUGGUUGUUUGUGGCUUGUUACAUCGCAAUUCCGCAACUGGCCAAAUUGCAAGACUUUGAAUUUGUGCCUGGCUAUGCGCAAUGUUCUAUCAAACACCUUGGGGAACGCGGCAAGCUUAUCCACUAUAUAAUUGUUUUAACACUUUUUCUUGUCAUCCCGUUGGUUGCUACAGCUUUUUCUUACUCGAGAGUUCUAAAAGUUGUUCGUCAACAUCUGACAGGGAUUUCUCCCUCGUUAAGAGGACUCGGAAGGAACGACGCGCGCAUUUCCAUUCAAGAAAUUCGACUGAGCAGGUCGCUAUUCAUUGUUAUUUUUACCUUUUUGGCAUGUUGGGUUCCUUUAUGGUUUAUAGUCAUAAUGAGACGUUUUUCAUUAGUAUCACACAUGCCAAGAAAUAUGGAACUGUUGUGCAUGUUUUUCCUUUACGUUUCAAACACUGUCAAUCCACUCAUAUAUGCCGGAAUGAAUUCUAUAUUCAGGAGCGAGUUUCGCCGUAUCUUAUUUUCUGGGUCGAUGUCUUUGUGCGCAUGCACACAGCGACAAAAUGAACAACAAGAACAUGAACUUGGCCCAGUAACAUCUAAGUAA